GAGCUGUGUUGGGAUGGUGGCAGUAUAAAGUAUAUCUUCCAUCCGAGACAGAUAAGAAGCGCCAGGCUAGAGGGGAUGAAGAUGGCGGACGCCAAGCAGAAAAGGAACGAACAGUUAAAGCGCUGGAUAGGCUCGGAGACGGAUCUCGAGCCGCCCGUCCUGAAGAAGAAGAAAACGAAGGUGAAGUUCGACGAUGGCGCCGUGUUUCUGGCCGCCUGCUCGAGCGGCGAUACGGAGGAGGUGCUGCGAAUGCUCGACCGCGGCGCGGACAUCAACUACGCCAAUGUAGACGGACUCACCGCUCUGCACCAGGCCUGCAUAGAUGAUAAUGUGGACAUGGUGACCUUCCUGGUGGAGCAUGGAGCCUGCAUCAACCAGCCCGACAACGAAGGCUGGAUUCCCCUUCACGCUGCCGCUUCCUGCGGAUACCUCGACAUCGCUGAGUAUCUUAUCAGUCAAGGUGCAAACGUCGGUGUAGUAAACAGCGAGGGAGAAACGCCAUUGGAUAUCGCAGAGGAGGAGGCCAUGGAGGAGCUUCUGCAAAACGAGAUCAACCGGCAAGGCGUGGAUAUCGAGUCGGCCAGGAAAGAGGAGGAGCGGAUCAUGCUAAGGGAUGCGCGACAGUGGCUUAACAGCGGCCAGAUCAAUGACGUCCGGCACGCCAAGUCUGGGGGGACCGCACUACACGUCGCUGCAGCCAAGGGAUACACUGAGGUUUUAAAGCUUUUAAUCCAAGCAGGGUAUGAUGUAAAUAUUAAAGACUACGAUGGCUGGUCUCCGCUCCACGCUGCUGCACACUGGGGCAAAGAAGAGGCCUGCCGGAUACUAGUAGAGCAUUUGUGUGAAAUGGACAUCAUCAAUAAAGUGGGUCAGACGGCGUUUGACGUAGCUGAUGAAGAUAUCUUGGGAUAUUUAGAAGAGCUGCAAAAGAAACAGAAUCUGCUUCUGAGUGAAAAGAAGGAUGUUAAGAAGUCUCCUUUAAUAGAAACUACGACUACUGGGGACAAUAAUCAAUCUGUGAAACCACUGAAGAGUAAAGAAACACUUCUACUGGAGCCAGAGAAAACUGCCCCACGAAUCGAGACUCUGGAGCCAGAGAAGGUGGAUGAAGAAGAGGGUGAGGGGAAGAAGGAUGAGUCUAGCUGCUCUAGUGAGGAAGAGGAGGAGGAAGACUCAGAGUCUGAGAACGAAGCAGACAAGACCAAGUCUUCUGUUCCGUCGAGCAUUUCCAACAGUACACCUGCACCUGCGCCUCCUAGUACCACCGUCAUGUCCCCAACUACCCCAAGCAACCAGGUGACCACCCCAACUUCACCUACCAAAAAGGUGAGCACACCUGCAGGGAAGGUGUCUCCUAAAGAGGAGGAGAGGAAGGAUGAGUCUCCUGCAUCGUGGCGACUGGGCCUGCGGAAAACCGGCAGUUACGGAGCACUGGCAGAAAUCAGCACAACUAAAGAGGCACAGAAAGAGAAGGACACAGCCGGGGUGAUGCGCUCGGCUUCUUCUCCUCGCCUCUCAUCCUCACUGGACAAUAAGGACAAGGAAAAGGAGAAGGAGAAGACACGCCUGGCAUAUGUUGCACCAACCAUCCCGAGGAGACACGUUAGCACAUCGGACAUUGACGAGAAGGAAAACAGGGAUUCGGCUGCUAGUCUGGUACGUAGUGGCUCUUAUACCAGGAGACGCUGGGAAGAAGACCCGAAGAACAGCGACGGAACCGCCUCACAAAACAGAACCUCCAGCUAUCAGCGCAGCGGGUCGUUUGGAAGGAGACAGGAUGAUGCUUUAAGUUCCACUUCUUCCUCCACCUCCACAACAACGACCUCCUCUGUUACCUCACCCACCGGACAUCGCAGCCUGCUGUCCAGGUAUUGGGCAGAAGAGAGUACGGACAAGGAGAAGGAGAAAGAGUCGGCCACGGUCAUCCCCACAAUCAACACUGCAGCCACCACCACUACCACCUCCACUACUGGAACUGUGCUGGGCUCUGACGGACGAGAGAGACGCAGAUCAUACCUCACCCCUGUGCGUGACGAAGAGUCCGAGUCUCAGAGGAAAGCCAGAUCCAGACAGGCGCGGCAGUCCAGGAGGUCCACACAGAAACAAGAAGAGAAGAAAGAGACAGAGAACAAGGAGGAUGACUACAGGUCCCGCUACCGCAGCUUUGAAGAGAAGUACCGGAGCACCUCCUUGGCCUCGACCACCACGGCCUCCUCCACCCUGCCUUCCUCCUCUUCUCUGUACAGCACCUCCACUCUGAACCGGCCCAACAGCCUGAGCGGUCUCACUUCCACCUACAGCCGCACCACACGUGACACUGAGAGAGCAGUAAUUAUCACUAAAGGAGAGCCUCAGAGCGACAGACUAUCCAGGAAUGACCCUGUUUCUACUAGCACUUCCUCCCUCGACCGUUAUGAGUCUUUGAGUAGCCGUGGCAUUGGGGAGAGCCGGCGGCCGUACUCUCGCUUCGAAAGAGACGACACCACUGAUUAUAAGAAGCUUUGUGAGCAGAUUUUAGCUGAAAACGAGAAGUUGAAAGCUCAGUUACGUGAUACAGAACUGGAGCUGGCAAACCUGAAACUGCAGCUGGAGAAAGCCACGCAGAGGCAGGAGCGCUUUGCUGAUCGAUCACAGCUAGAGAUGGAGAAAAGGGAAAGAAGAGCUCUAGAAAGGAAGAUCUCUGAGAUGGAGGAGGAACUAAAGACGCUACCAGACUUGAAAGCAGACAACCAGAGGCUAAAGGACGAGAAUGGAGCGCUGAUCCGAGUCAUAAGCAAGCUUUCCAAAUAGAAAAGACCCUCUCCACAACCUCCGGCAGUAACGGUAUUGCACAUCUAGAUAUUAAUACGAGACAAUGGCGACAAGAAGGCUCCGUCUCCCCCUCCGUUUCUCAGUCCUCGGCUUUCCCUCGCUUCCACCGCCUCACCGCUCACACAGAACCACUGCGUUUACAGAACUAAGGAAAAGCGUUAGGCGAGAGAAUGGCAUUGAACACUUUGCGGGCGGGGAAAGCCUCGAAAAACUAUUGAACCAAUAAGCCUUAGUUGUACAUACGUCACUUGCAUCAGAUUUCUCUUGGCUGUCACAGAACACCUGAUUUUAUUUGUGCCACACUUUUUUGUGAUCUCCUUCUUUUUUUUUUGGCUGUUGUUGUUUUUUUGCUCCGCUCUUUAAUCUUCCUUCCUGUAUAGAUGUGUUAUGCAAUGUGCAGCUCUCUCCUUCCAUGUCCUCUUCCUGUCCUCCCGAAUCACGCCCCCUUCCCAAAUCGUGCUAGAA